AUGAGAAGCACGGGAGAGACCAUAAUAAUGCUCAUUACAAUAAUGAUAGUGAUGGCAAUGGGGAACUUUGUGGCUCAAACACAAGCUCAAGACACACUCUCUUUUAGAAAUUGUUAUCCCGGUUGUAUUGAUCGUUGUGCCAUUGAAAAACAGUUACCAAAAUUACUUUUGUGUCCAUUCACUUGUAUUCUUACUUGUCUUGCUCCUCCAACGUCAAAUAUUCCUCCUUCUCAUUCUCAAAUUAUUUUGGCAAAGAAAAUCGAUCAUACUGAUUAUUUUUGCAAGCUUAGUUGUGCUACUCAUCAUUGUGCUUCUCUCUCUUCUCUCAGAAAUCCGAAUGUAGACAAAGUUGGAGACUGUGUGGAUUCAUGCUCAAACAAGUGCUCCAACAAGAACUAAAAGCCAUUUUAUUAAAU